GUGCAACAAAAACAACAAUCUUGAUACUUCACUUCCUAUUACAACUACGUGUAUCAUCACUUCAUUUAACAUUGCUUUCUUUCUCUCUCUUUGUCUCUCCCACUAGUUUUUACAUAUGGCUGCUGUAACUGCUGCAGUCAACUUUCCAUCCUCCAAGUCUACCACUCUCCCAAGCAGAACCUCCAUCGUUGCCCCAGAUAGAGUAGUAUUCAAGAAGGUUCCUUUCCAAUAUAGAGAUGUUUCUACAAGUGGAAGGGUAGUUUCCAUCAGAGCUCAAGUCACCACAGAGGCACCAGCUAAGGUUGAAAAGGAAUCCAAGAAACAAGAGGAAGGUGUGGUUGUGAACAAGUUCAAACCCAAGAACCCUUACAUUGGUAGAUGCUUGCUCAACACAAAGAUCACUGGUGAUGAUGCUCCAGGAGAAACUUGGCACAUGGUUUUCAGCACUGAAGGUGGGGUUCCUUAUAGAGAAGGACAAUCAAUUGGGGUAAUUCCAGAUGGGAUUGACAAGAAUGGAAAACCGCACAAACUGAGAUUGUAUUCCAUUGCAAGCAGCGCUCUUGGUGACUUUGGAGACUCCAAGACUGUUUCUCUAUGCGUGAAAAGGCUAGUGUACACAAAUGAAAAUGGAGAACUUGUCAAGGGAGUCUGCUCAAAUUUCUUGUGUGACUUGAAGCCAGGAGCUGAAGUAACAAUUACUGGACCUGUUGGGAAAGAAAUGCUUAUGCCAAAAGAUCCUAAUGCCACCGUCGUCAUGUUGGCAACUGGAACUGGGAUUGCCCCAUUUCGCUCAUUUUUAUGGAAAAUGUUCUUUGAGAAGUACGAUGAUUACAAGUUCAAUGGUUUGGCAUGGCUCUUCUUGGGAGUCCCCACAAGCAGCUCACUGCUUUACAAAGAGGAAUUUGAAAAGAUGAAGGAGAAAGCGCCUGAAAACUUCAGGCUUGACUUUGCUGUGAGCAGAGAGCAAACAAAUGAGAAAGGAGAGAAGAUGUACAUCCAAACACGAAUGGCUCAAUAUGCAGAAGAGCUGUGGGAGUUACUGAAGAAAGAUAACACUUAUGUGUAUAUGUGCGGACUGAAAGGGAUGGAAAAGGGAAUUGAUGAUAUAAUGGUGCCCUUGGCUGCCAAAGAGGGCAUUGAUUGGACUGAGUACAAGAGGCAAUUGAAGAAAGCAGAGCAAUGGAAUGUGGAAGUCUAUUAAUUUCUGUUCACCUGCACAGAUAUCAAGUCCUACUUUGUGCAGCAACAGAUCUAUCACCCCUCCUGCAUUAUGUAGAUAUAUGAGGAACCUGUAACUUUUCUAUGAUGAUUUUUACACUGUUCACGAACAACUUCAUUGAGACAUCUUUACAAGAAGUAAUACUUUUGAGGGAUGAUGCAAUGUAGACGAAUCCAACUUCAUUGUACCAA